GCGGAAGUAUUACAUAACACAAAUCCCAUGGCAGAGAGGAAGUGGUGCUGGCAUGAUGUGCUGCAAUCUGAUGAAUACAGAUCCUGGUAGGUUUGCUCUGUAGAGAUUAUGACUGUAUGAUAUUGAUGAUGAAGUGUAUUUGCUAUGUGUGAUAAAGGGACAUACAGAGUAUCUGCACGUCACUGUUAUUCCCACGUUACUUCUUCUGUCUACAACAAUAAACACUGCUGAUGUAAUCAGCGCGCUCCCAGAAGCCACGGGGGGGCGUCUUACUUGCAGUAGCCAUGAUUGCCGCGGCGACUUGGACGCACACGCGCGUCGUGCACAUCGCCGUGGUUCUUCGUGUCUGGAUUAAGCCGAGCUCCUGUCGCGGGAGCCGGACAGGCUGCCCCCGGUGAGAGGCGGAGGUGUGAGCUCCAAAUGUUGGAUCUUUACCAAAUCUUCUUUGGCUCUGAGGCGUCUGCUCGGCCUCCUCCCGGCAUGCUUCACUCUCACCCUGUCGGGACACCUGCGGCUUCACCUCGGCACCAUGAGCGUCCUCGCCUACUUCAGAGGCUGCAGAGACUACGGAGGCAUCAUGUCGGUUCUGGGCUCGGACUCCUGGUGGAAGAAGACCCUGUACAUCACCGGGGGGGCCCUGUUGGCCGCGGCUGCCUACCUACUGCACGAGCUGCUCGCCAUCAGGAAGGAGCAGGAGCUGGACUCUAAAGACGCCAUCAUCCUUCACCAGUUCUCCAGGCCAAAGAAUGGCGUGCCCAGCCUCUCGCCCUUCUGCCUCAAAAUAGAGACGUACCUGCGUAUGGUGGAUCUGCCCUACCAGAACUACUUUGAUGGGAGGCUGUCGCCGCAGGGUAAGAUGCCCUGGAUCGAGUACAACCACGAGCAGGCGUCAGGGUCAGAGUUCAUCGUGGACUUCCUGGAGGAGAAGCUGGGCGUCAACCUCAACAGUAACCUCACCCCGCAGGAGAGAGCUGUGUCACGAGCCAUCACCAAAAUGGUUGAGGAGCACCUCUACUGGACGAUAGCUUACUGUCAGUGGGUGGACAACUUGGAGGAAACCCAGAAGCUUCUUUCCAUGACCGGCCCACUGAGCGACACACUAAAGUGGCUGCUGAGCCACCUGAAUGGCAGCAUGGUGCGCAGAGAGAUGUACGGCCAUGGCAUCGGACGCUUCUCCAAGGAGGAGGUCUACACCCUGAUGGAGAAGGACUUGAGGACGCUGGCUACACUGCUGGGUGAUAAGAAAUACUUUAUGGGCUCUAAGAUGUCAACACUAGAUGCCACAGUGUUUGGACAUCUAGCGCAGGCUAUGUGGACUCUACCUGGGACACGACCCGAACAACUCAUUAAAGGGGAGCUGAUCAACCUGGCUAUGUUCUGCGAGCGAAUGCGAAGGAGGUUCUGGCCCGAGUGGUUUGUGGAGGUGGAGGAUCUUUAUUACGAUGGAGACAGUGAGAGCAGCAGUGGCGGCGGUGGCGGCUCCCCUACAGGCCUGCUGGACUUUGGCCUCUUCUCUAGGACUGACACUCUGGAAGACAGCGAGGCCAGCACCCACUCAGCCAGGCACACUCACUCACACUCCCCCGACUCCAACCACUCGCAGUUUGACUCGGAUGUGGGAACGGGGUCUGACAAUGACAUUCAGCUUAAGGAGGAACUAAUGCCGGACCUGGAGGUUUGACCUGAGAAUGACUGUGGUAGGCUGAGGGAAGGAGACUGACAGAAGGCUGGAGCAAUCGGUUUUUGCUUUAUAAACCUGGUUGAAAGAGCCUGUCCAGAUUGAGCUCUCACAGCUGAAGAAACUCUUCCAGCUCCUCCACCUCCAAUACCCAACAUGUUACAACUCCCUGAUGGACAAACUGGGUAUUUAUAUGCAGAGCGUAAGAACUGAACCUCAUUAUGCACAUGCUACUGUACUGUUUGUCCCCUCUCGUGACGUCCGAACUGUCCCCUUGGCAGUCUUCUCUUUGCCUUACUUGUCUCGUCCUAAGAUGCAGGAGCUGGUGUGAAAGGUUAACACAACAGGAAAACGUCUCAUGAAAAGUGCGGCAAUGCGGAGACAAGAGAGCGUUGUAGACAGGACAGGUGGCACGUCACUUGCUAUAAAAUGAUGCAACUAAUCACCACUCUGCCAUGUGUCGUUACGCACAAACCCAUACAGACAGGUGGAGAUUGAUCACGUGGCUAAAAGGAACAGCUGCUGCAUCUCCACUACGAACCAUCCAUGUGCUGAAGAGGAGACACAGGUGACACAGAGCGCCAGUCCGUGCCCCAGAUUCAUCCUAACGUCAUCUCCUCGAUGCUUCAAGAAUCUGCAUCAACACAAUGAUGCGUCUCCAUCAGACCAUGAGAUCCACUUGUAGUUCUACUGAAUAUGAGUCAGGAGAAGAGAUGAGCAGAAUCCUGCCUGUUGAAUUUACUUGUUAUCAUCCUUAUGUCUCCAAUUUAUUAAGUAUUUGUUUGCACGCUGGGAUCGGGUGAGCCUGGAGGUUUUGGUUGUAAGUUUCACCAUCCUUUAGGUCCACAUUGAAGAGCUGUCGUUUCUCUAUUUGACCACUAGAGGGUGUCAGUGGUCUGUCUGGUAUCCCCUUCAUUCUGUAACAUCAAGGUCAUUCCACCCUGAGGACGUGCAGUGGAUUCAACUCAGCAAAUUAUUUCUCCUUCAGGCCUAAACUUGAAUAUUGCGGUUCCCAUUCAAGUGUGUGUGUGUGUGUCUGUGUGUGUGACUGAGCACAGCAACAAAUCAGCCUUAGUGUUCAGACUCAUGGGUGAAAAUACUCUUUGUUGGAAUAUAAUUUCAUUAUCAGUGCCACUUGAUUUUUAUCAUUAUUAUAAUUUUUCUUUCUUUAAGAACAUGUGUCAAAAUCUCAAUUUUUUUGUUAAUAUUUAUUUUCUUAUUUCUCUCAAAGAGAAUGUUAUUUUGCACUAGUGGAAAUUUAUUUUUCACCUUAUUUCAGGGGGAACAGUCUGCUGGGGAGAGAAGAGAACUCAAAUGAAUGGGAAACAUAAAUAUGUGUAUCAGAAGAGCAGGAUGCUGAGUGCGCUGAUAACAAUUGUGCUGUGAGUGGGGCGCACUGCUUGUGUCGGCCGUGUGUGUGUGAAUGUUACUCAUUGUGAAUGUUAACAGAGACGGUCAUAAUACCAAAUCUAACAGAGAUGAGCAUCGCUGAAUGAAAAAGCUAAAAAAGGGACCAAAAUGUGUCGGUAAGCGUUCUGUCUGUCGUACUGAGCUGGAAGUGCUCAUGAAGACAACACAGUGUGAUGACUGUAAACAGAUUGUGGGGCUUAUAGGGUAGAUGCCACUUAAAUUAAAGGAUCAGUUCACCCGAAUUACAAAAAAUGUAUAUUCUCACGUGAAUAUAUUGAGCCAUGCAGAUAGUUUUAGUUUGAUUUCCUCCAUGUUAUGCUUUCAUCCCAAUGCAAUAAAGGUGAAUGGACUUUCAUAUGUGCUGCUUACAACAUUGACUAUGAUUGAUAGUGUUGUAUGGAAUAAUACACAGAACACGCUGUCUUCAGUAGAAAGAGUUCCAAUGCAAAUGGAUUAUAGAGAAAUGUAGCCUAGUCUUAACCUGUCGGGGAGAGCUGAAGCUGUUUCUGUUCCAGUGACAAGCAAAUGACUGUGGUAGAGGAACAUGUACGUAAGCAAACAGCUUUACCUUCAUCCAUGAUCUUUUCCAUUCGUGCUAUCAAACCCCAAAUGCUUGCACACAUGACGUCCCAUGUGGUUUGGUGUUAUUGUCAGUUGGCUCAGCUCUGUUGUGUGUAGCUGUAAGACAGGACAAACUAAGUAAGAGUGAAACACCCCAUCCUGCUUUUGGAUUCAUUGUACACUGUUUAUCUUUGAGCAAGAGAGUUUCUUUUGUGACAUUUUGAGGUAAUGGGUCAAUUCAUUGGUAAGUUUUUGUUUCCUCAUUUUAAGGGUAGAAUUUCUAAGAUAAAGUGACUUAGUUCCAGUGAUGUCAGUACAUUAGUUUGACCAGCAAGAACAUUGUUUCCAUAUAGAUGUUUCUGUCCUAUCAUUUAAAGCUGCUAUUAGAGAUGUGGUGAAAUUACAGAUGGUUUGUUGUACCAUUUAAGUUGUAACUUCCAUGGCAAUUUAGUGUAUAAGGUAGCAAGUCGAAGACACCAAUGUGCUUUUGUUGAGUGUUGGAAAAAUGUGGCAUAAGCAGGAGUAGGCAGGUGCUCAUAGCUUGCAAAUGUAAGCAUCCACAGUCCCCAAAUUGUGUGGCUGAUAUUUUGUCCUGACUGAUAUUUGGGGUUGACGUCUACUUUUGCUCACUAUAAUUGUGAUACAAAAUGUUCAUUCCACAAACAUCUAUCUCGUGAACCUUUCAUCUUAUCAGCUUCACUCUUGGCAUGUGUAUUGUAAAUGGCCAGAGAAAGUGCAGUGCUGAGUUUGGUGUGAUUUGGACGUGCAAUAUGUUUAAUAUGAAUUAAAAAUAGUCAGUCAGUAAGGGUGGAGGCAAUAAAAUCGUCCAGCACACAAACAAUACAAAGUGACAUCAUAUUGUAAGAUUGUGUGAUGUGAAAUGGUUCCGUCAUAGCGAAAAUCCACAGAGGGUUAUCACCAUAUCCGCUCUUUGAGGCGUUUGUUUUGGUUGGUUCUCAUGAGCAUUGUUAACAGACAAGGCAGGCAGCUGAAAAAGCCUUGAUCAACCUGCUGUAUAUACGCUACGUGCUCAGCGCCAAACGACAGACGGACAAACCUGGCGUCUCGCUUGUGAACAUAGUGGAGCGUUAAGCAGCUAAAGAGAUAUUUCCCUCAGGUUCUGCUAGAGAGAACAGUGAUAUAAAAGAGAGUCAACAUUGGUUGGUGGACACAAACACAACUUCAAACUUCUAAUUUUGCCCUGCGUUUGAUAACAAGUUCAACAUAUCAACUGACGGUAGGUCUGUGGUGCAUUAACAAAAAGAUAGUCAAUGCAUCAAUGCUUUUUGUGUCAUCGCACACAAUCUUUAGAAAAUAGGACAGGAUGGUGAAUAUCCCUUGUAUGUUUAAAGGUCUUCCGCACUAGUUUGAUGAUAGGUUGCCAACCAGUAGUAGAUGGCAGGGAUCACCAGCAAAUGUUAGUGACCACCAGCGGACGCUCAGGAUGUAUCAUUAGUUGUGUAGCUUAGCGUCAUCUGGUAUUUUUGCCUAGACACCUUCUUCUAAGGCAGGGCCACCACAGGCUGAUCAGACCUGGGUGUGGUUCGCUAACACCUUGGGGCCCAGUUGGGAUCUCUCCUCCUGGUCCAGAGCCCUUGGCUGCAGGGCUUGUCCAUGGAUUCCAGAACUUGAGCAGCUUGAUGGUGGAUGUUGCAAUAAAACCUCUGCAGCCAACCUCCACUGGGUUGACUAUUGCUUUCCAGCCGUGUUGUUCUGCCUCAUCUCCACAUACUGCAGCCGCUUGCUCUCAUUCGCUUCAUCAACAGCAUCCUCUCAGGGUGCUGACAACACGCAGGGUGUUGGACCAGUACCAGGUCCUACAAUCUUAAAAUCUCAUCUGUAACAUCUCAAAACCUGGACACAUUAAACCAAAACUGUUUGCAUGGCUACGCACCACACAGUGUGACUGAGAUCAUUUUUCUGUUUCAGGUGAACAGACCCUUUACAAUAAUAAUGUUUAAGUAGGCGAGUUUGUAACGGAAAGGACGGUGUUUGAGACUCCAGAGAGAACCUCCUUCCAUCAUGUCGUCCUGUGGUCUGAUUCCCGACCUGCCAGGACCUGGGUCGUGUUUGUCAGUUGCCUCACCCAGUCUGGGCGUCAUAUACAGUUGGACUGCUUUAAUCAAGCCAUAUUAAAAACUAGAAGUGUUGUUAUUGGAAACAUGUCAUAGCAUUUCUGCUGGGGUAAUAUAAAUGUUGUAUGUGUGACAAAGUGUACCAUACUGUAUGUAGAGCUGACUGAUUAAACAACAUGUGGGUGUGCAGUCAUAGAAGCUGGAGUGGCUGGAUGAUUUCAAUAAAGGUUAGCUGUGACAAUUUUA